CUCGCCGGUCCGAUCUGUCUUUUAUGGAAGCUCCGCCUGUCAGGCCAUGGGGAACGUGCACGGACUGGCAUAUCGAAGACGAUCGAGAUGCAGCGAGUCGCCGAAGAGCGGAAGCCCCACCUGCCCCACCUGCCCCGUCUGCCCCACCCGAGUCCCGCCGCUGACGGAGGAGGAGAAGGAGAUCGUGAGGAGGACGUGGAAGAUCAUCGAGGAGAACGUGGCGCGCGUCGGGGUCAUCACCUUCACC